UUAAUAUUAUAGUCAAUGAACUUGAAGUCCUCAUUGUGGGACUUAAACUCAACAUCUCCACAGCCUUGCUCCUCCCUACCUUAUGUGACCUGCUCUACACCCCCUCCUUCAGCCUCACUGCUCCCCACCCUUUGGAACUCCAUCCCACAGUCACUUCGCCUUGCCUCCUCCAAGGCCUGUGCGUUGCCCCUCCUCACGUUCCUCUUUGUGCUCUUACAGACCCUGUACACCUGCCCCAGCUCGUGGAGAGCUUACCUGGUUCUGAUUGCUGCUCAGUACAGCAAUUUUCCAUUGAAACUGGUGUCCGGAGCACCGGAGUUUCACCCGGAGACUGGCGAAGCGACUGAACACUUUCCAUCAAUAUUCCCACUGGGACAGGUCCCUGUGUUGGUGGGCGAUGGAGGCUUCUACGUGUCUGGGAGCAACGCAGCUGCUUUUUAUGUCAGCAGCGAUGUCCUGCGUGGCUCCUCCGGCCAGCAAUCGGCCCUCGUUCAGCAGUGGGUCAACUUCACGGAGAGCGAGCUGGUCUCUCCAGCCGCCACUUGGGUCCUGGCGUCCCUGGGACUGCGGCAGACCAGCCAGUCGGUGAGGAUGCACGCCAGAGAAGAUGUACAGAAGGUGCUGUCUUUAUUAAAUGGCCAUCUCCGGAGCAGACCUUACCUGCUGGGGGAGCAGCUCACUCUCGCUGAUAUCACACUGGUGUGCGCGGUGCUGGAACUCUUUAAGCUGGUGCUCGAGCCUUCGUUGAGAGAACGAUACGUCGAUGUGAGCCGCUGGUUCAACGCGUGCGUCAGUCAGUCAGAGUUCCGGAGAGUUCUGGGCGAGGUGGAACUCUGUCUCACAGCUGCCGAGGCCGCAGCCUUAGGCAGGUACCCGACAGCCCAUCCUGAGCCGAGCUCUGCUAUCGAGGGCAUGGUUCCAGCGAGGGUGGUUGACUCGCCUCAAGAACGGGAGGCGAUGUUGAUGGAGGUCGGAGCGGAGGAGAAGCCGGUAGAGAGCGUGGAGUCAGUCACCGAGGGGAACCUUCUGCCCGACGUGGUUCUGGUAGAUGUGGGCCAAGCGAGACUGGUCACAGCAGAGCAGAGACUGGGUGAGCUCGGAGACACCGUGAUCGUUCAACCCGAGGAGAAACCAGCGGUCGACGAGGCGAUAAAACCGGUGGCAGAUUUAGCUGGAGAGGAAGGGCAGAGCCUCCUGCUGAUUGUGAUCGAUGCCGCGGAAGAUGAGAGACCGGAAACGUCCCGGGUGGAUGAUCCCGACGGGAUUCAGAAGAUCUCAACCCGAGCCGACGAAGCCACCACCACGCAGGGAACUGUCACUGCUGAGGUGGGGAUGGCCCAGGAGAGAUUGAACGAGGCUGCAGUGGAGAUGGAGGCAGACGUUGGCACAGCCAAACCUCUCAUAGUCUCCAUCAGAGAGCAGACAAUGUCCAAAGUUGUGGUCGUAGAGGAGAGAGUGACUGUGGUUGCUGAGGUGCUGACUAGCGCUGUCAAGGGGAUGACUGAUGAGGAGGAAGAGGAGGAGGGGGCAGAGGUUACUCAGGAGAAGGAGGAAGGGAUAGGGGUGGAGGUCAUGGUAGGGGCUUUGAAGGAGGAGAGGGCAGUGAUGACUGACGACGGAGAGGAAAGGGAAGCAGUGGUUGAGGAAGAGAGGGGAAUGGAGGUUUCGAAGGGGAGAGUGCUGGAGGUUACAGAGGAGGUUCCUGCAGAGAUGGUGGUGACAGUGGCUGAGGUUCAAGAGGAAGUGGUAGAGGUUCCUGAUGAGGUGAGGGUGCCAGAGGUUGAGGCGUCUCAAGAACCGACGGAGAUUAAAGCCUCGUCUGUGCAGCCAGAGGAGCCUGGGGCUCAGGUCACAACGGGAGGUCCUGCCAAAGAGAUGGCGGAGGUGACCGGAGUAGACGACGAGUCCAUGGGCAGAGAAACUGGCGUUGGUCCUCCCAGAGAGGAGAUGCCAAUCGAGGGCAUCGAUGAGGCAGAGGUGCCAAGCGAGACCAAUGGAAGCGGAGCCGGGGAGGCAGACGCAAUGAUACUCGGUGCUUCAGACGUGAGGUUGAGUUCUGUGUAACUGAUCGUUCGUUGAGUGCCGUAGUAAAUGGAGACCAUCUGAAGACUUGUGGGCUUGCUGGGCAGCUCUGUUGCUGGAAGAAUGGUUCUACUCUACAAGGAAGGCACACGCGGAUGAAUGUAGAACUGUGCCGUGCGUUAACUGGCAAUGGAUGUCCCACCUCAGUCACUCACUCACUCACUCGCAAUCAUUCAGCACUUUAUAUUGCCUUUGACCGUCAAAAAUGUUGACUUGAAUGGUUAAGGCUUCCUACCUCUUUGCACUAAUUGCACUGUAGUUUUGCACAGCUCAGCUCCCCUGCACUGACUUACCGGCAAUUUAUAUAUUUAA